AUGCUGUCGCGUUCCUGUCCCCCCUUCGUCUGCCGGCGCUGUCUGGCUCGCGCAUCUGGCAGUCCUCAGGUCUUGGCCGUCGGGCAGUCUGAUUCCUCGCCCAGAGUCGGUUCCGGCGCACAUCGCAGCCGCCUAUUCUUGCACAAUGCGCUGCGCAAGUGGGCGACGACGCAGUCUCUGUCCCCUGCGAUUGCGUCCCUUGGCAGGACCAACAUCCCAAAUGCCCAGCCUGAGGAGACGAGCCCGGACGAUUCCGCAGAGCGCCUACAAAACCUGCCCAUUCGCGAGCGCUUGCAACAAUGGGAUUUGCUCAACGGCCAGGGAGAUAUCCGGGAUUUACCGCUCGAUGUGUCCGUCUAUGGUACCAUAUCAAACACCAUUAACCGAACGCAGGCAACGGGCUCAUCCGUAAUGGACCGGCUGCGACCUAGCAAUGGCGAAGACGCGCAUGGUUCCGGCGGCGACCCAGCCAGUGAGGAUGAUGGCGGCGCCGCUGUUGGCUUGGACUCUCGAGACCCUGGCGAUCUGGUUGAGCUGAGGCAAUUCGGCUCCCGUGUCCCUCUGUUCGGCGUCUAUCUCGGCUUCUUCAGCGGCUGCAACCACUUUUACGCAAGCAACGGCAGAUGGAUCACCAGCACGGGCUUUUCCUUCGUCUUCACCGUUUCCAACUUCGCGAGCCUGUCUGACUUGGAACCGAUCUUAGCCAAGAUCCCCAAGGACGUCUCGCUGGAAGACUUGGAAGACAUGCGCCGUAAUUUUGGAGGCCCUUCUAGAGAGGAAGGGAUAGCGCUGAUCAAGAAAAUGGCCGACUUCAAGGUCAGGGCCGAUACGAUAUUCGAUGCCAAUCUGGGUAGGUUGGAGGAAGCAGGAGCACGCUUGGCUCUCCCCAAAAAUCCCAGGUAUCUCAGUUUGUCCGAAAUCGCCGACGCCCUAUUGCCCUCGUCGCUGAAACGUGCCGGUCGCUUCUCUUCCCCCGCUCUCUACGCCGUCCACACGGCCAUGAAUCGCCAAGAUAUUGGCUUCCGUCUCAUGAAUGCUUCAAGCGACUGCCACCGCCCGGAUAACCUAGUCGAGGUCUUUCCACAAGACUACACCGUCAUCAUCAACAAUGUCGCGGCCAUGGUCCGCGAAUAUACCGAGGCCAUGACCAAGUACUCCAGGCCCCUCACGCUAAAAGACCUAGAGAAAAUCACCCGCAAAAUGCGCCAAUGGACAUCACAUGGCAUCCUCAAGGCGUCGCGCGGCGUGGAGCUGCCGAAAACGAAGUGGUCUCCCCCUAGCAUGGACGUCCUGUCGUACCUUGAAUGGUGGGCGAGCUAUGACCUGUUCGAUCUUGGUUCCCGAUUUCACUCGUCUGGCGCUCUCAUCCUGCGGGCUCUCGAUUUAUAUGACGGCGUCGUACUGGAUCAAAGCACAGCCUGGACAUUCUUGCAAGAGAUUGGAAGGAUCGCGCCAUGGGAGAUCCCUUCCCGCUACAAGCCUCGCUUGCCGGGUGUCGCAGUUGCCAGGGGAGGUGGCUUGAGCCGCGAAACCCCUGAUCACCUGGAGGCGUCCAAAAGACCUGACAUUGCCGCCGACGCCAGAGAUAAGAUAGUUGGUGGCGAAACGAUAUUUUGCAUCGACGCGCCCUCGACCACGGUCAUCGACGAUGGCAUCUCACUGGAACGCACUGGCGAACCCGACGAGUUUUGGGUUCACAUCCAUGCAGCCGACCCAGCGUCAAUCAUCAGGCCAAAUUCGGAGCUGUGCAAGUUCAUGGAGCUCGUUCCGGAAAACAUCUAUCUCCCGGGCCAUUUCCAGGCCAUGAUACCGUCCGAGCUAGGGGAGGAGGAUGCAGGCGACUACAAAUCCGAGGGCCUCGUCAAGGAAUUCUCCCUGCGCAGCGGUGGCCCAACUCUCACCUUCAGCGCCAAGGUAAACAGCGCCGGCGACGUCCUGGACUACAAAGUCGAACCCGGCACGCUCGGAGACGUUUUCUACCUGGAUCCAGAAGACGUAUCCAACUUCUGCAACGAGCCUCCGCCGCCCGUCGCAGUCAGGGGCGGCCACAGCCUCGUGGCGGGAAUGCCACCAAAACAAGCUCCGCCUGCUCCCGAACGGCCCAUGAUCGCGGCCGAGGAUCUGGCCGAGAAUGGCAAAAACGAUCUUUUGACCUUGUACCGAUUGGCGGAGGCGGUCAGGCGGAAGAGGCUGUCCAAAGGCGCAUGGCCAUACUUUUUCCCCCGGCCAUCCGUUUCUGUCAUCUUUGACGCCGCUCCGGAGACGGCGAGCUCGUCGGAAUCGGCAACCGUCGUCCCGGCCGACCCUUAUAUUGAGGUGAAGAGGGAAACGUCAACGGCGUGCUCCGUCGUGUCCAACUUCAUGGUGUUGGCCGGGGAAAUUGCUGCACGCUGGUGCGCUUCCCGCGGCAUCCCGAUCCCUUAUCGCAAAGACAUCAAGUCGGCGCAGAACCGCGAGGCUGCGUUCGACUACGCCUGGAACGAAAUCUACCCCCUCAUCCAGCAGGGCAUAGAGCCGUCCGAGCGACAGCGGCAGGAACUCGUCAACCUGACGGGAGGGAUCGAAAUCUCCGCCCGGCCCGGACCGUACUUUCUACUGGGCCUGGACAUGUAUGCCAAAGCGACGUCGCCCCUCCGCCGAUUCUCCGAUCUUCUUGUGCACUGGCAGAUCCACGCGGCGCUGGCCUUUGAACGCAGUGCCAAGCGCAGCAUCGACCCCGCCAUGGACAAGGUGAACGCCAUCGUGCCAUUCAAGACGGCGGAGCUCAGCGACUCGCUGCGGAUGCUCCAGAUGCGCGAGAAGAAGGCGCGGCGCAUGUCGCGCGGUAUCGUGGACUGGAUUCUUAUCGCCCUCGUGCGAGCGUGGCGCUUCGAGGGCAGGGCGCCGCCGGCACUCCGCUUCACCGUCAGCAUGCGCAUGCAGACGACCCUCCACGGCCGUCUCGACCUGUUCGACCUCGACGCCAUCUUGGACGCGUCCGGGCUCGACGGCUGCCGCCUCAUCAAGGACACGCGGCUAGGCGACCAGUUCGAGGUGGAGCUCGUCGACGUCAACGUGCACUCGCGCGAGAUCCUGCUCCGCGCCACGCGGUACCUCGGUCAACAGCAGCAAGAGGAAGGCCAGCCUGCGUCGAGGCCGGCGGAGCUGCAGGCGCCACAUGCCGUUCGCCACAGCGAUGGCUCCGUCGCCGUCGCCGGUGGAGGGCGGGCGCCCGAUGUCUCCACGAUGGAGCCAGGCUUGGCGUGA